CAGCAAUGGGUACACGUGUUUCGCAAACAGUUCCUGUGGUGCGCCUAUUGGUGCGGACUCGGCAUACUGUCCAGCGUAGGCCUGGGCACCGGUUUGCACACGUUUUUGCUGUAUUUAGGCCCACACAUAGCGUCGGUAACGUUGGCCGCAUACGAGUGCGAUUCGCUAGACUUUCCAUCGCCUCCCUAUCCGGACGAAAUCAUAUGCCCGGUGCCCACCCCUGGCGUACAUCCCGUGACGGCCGUUGCGAUCACCGUCUGGUCUAUUAUGUCGAAAGUACGUCUGGAGGCGUUCAUGUGGGGCGCGGGCACAGCGUUGGGUGAACUGCCGCCGUAUUUCGUGGCCAGAGCUCAUCGACUCGCCGGCGAAGACGAGGAGGAAUUGGACGCCGAUUUGGCCGAAGAGAUCGCCGGCGGUAGUGAGACGUCGGGCGCUGUGGGCACAGCCGGUGCCAGCGGUGGUGGCGAGCGAUCG